UAUAUUCUGGAACAAGUCUGUGUGUGGGUGAGCUAGGGGGACUAUAUACUGGAACAAGUCUGUGUGUGGGUGAGCUAGGGGGACUAUAUUCUGGAACAAGUCUGUGUGUGGGUGAGUUAUAGGACCAUAUACUGGAACAAGUCUGUGUGUGGGUGAGUUAUAGGACUAUAUACUGGAACAAGUCUGUGUGUGGGUGAGCUAGGGGGACUAUAUACUGGAACAAGUCUGUGUGUGGGUGAGUUAUAGGAUUAUUUUCUGGAACAAGUCUGUGUGUGGGUGUAUAUUCAUUGUUUAGUCAAUAAUUUUGCUGUUGUCUCUCACAGUUUAUUUCUCAACUUAUCUCUCAUUUUCCCUGCUACAGAAAUAGAUGAAGACCGUCUUCCAAACCAGUUAUACAAGGCAGCCUUGAUGAACUCUCCCAGGCAGAGGAGGAAGGGAGCAAGAGCCACGCCCACUAUGAAAGAGUUACAGUUCAUGGUCGACCACCACCUGUAUCAACAGCAGCAGCAGCAGGGUGGAGGUGAUGAGUGUUCCUCAGAGAGCUGUCUGUCCGACAGACCCAGCCCGGACGAUCUGCCCAACGGGGAGGAGGAGGAGGAGCUGGAGCUACCGGAGGACGAGGAGGCCUGGGGAACCGAGGACAAGGUCACUGCAGAGGCCCUCGAGAAGCCGCGCUGCCAGAUGGAGGGUAAGGAAGGAGGAAUAAAGGGAGAGCUAUAA